GAGUGGACAUCAAUUCAACUACCGUUGCGUAGAUUUGCGUAGAUACUCUUCUGCCGCUCACUUUUACAACUUGGGUGUUGACGAGGGUCUAUUUAAGGUGAAUGUCUGGUGUCUUAUCAAAAUACAGAGUACACGACACCUCUCCUGCCUGAUCAACCUCUACUCAUUUGUAAUUAUGGCUUCAAAAAUCGAAGACGAUACUAAUGGAACACCUCAAGCUUCUUCCUUAUCGAGUAAAAAUUCUUCUAAACCGAACGCAUUUACCGAAUUAAUGUCAAGUUCUCGACCCAAACGCCCUAAUUCCUCCCCGACAUCUUCCCCCCCUCCCAAAAAGAUUGCGAAUUCAAAUCCUUUCCAUUUUGGUCGAGCGGGCCUUGGAGCUUACUUAUCAGACCCCUCAUCACAUCCUGCAUCACGCGUGAUCUAUCACAACUCUUCAUUCGUAGCGAUUCACGACCUUUACCCUAAAUCCUCAGUUCAUGCCCUUCUAAUUCCACGAGAGGAGAGGUGGAAUGGUAUGCACCCGAAAAUCGCAUUAUCCAACCCCGAAUUUCUUGAAAUGGUGAGACCAGAAGCAGAAAGGCUGAAAGGAAUAGUUGCGUCAGAAUUGCGUCGGAAAUAUGGAGCGGAAUCUGCAGAAGAUUUUCAAAGACAAAGGAUACUUAACGGAGAAGUCAAUCUGGAUGAUGAUGCUGAAAUGCCAGAAGGUAGGGAUUGGGAAAAGGAUGUUGUCAUUGGAAUACAUAUGCACCCAUCUAUGGAUCAUCUUCAUAUUCAUGUUCUUUCCGUGGAUCGUUAUUCUUCAUGUUUGAAGAAGCGGAAACAUUAUAAUUCAUUUGCUACACCUUUCUUCGUCAAUUUAUCAGAGUUUCCUUUGUCUGAGGAGAGAAAAGAAGCUCUCGAUAGGAGAGGGCAAGGCAAAGCAUGGCUAGAAGAAAAUUUGAAAUGUUGGAGAUGUAGUAUGCAAUUUGGAAAUAAAUUUUCCAAGUUAAAGGACCAUUUGGAGUUGGAGUUUGAUGAAUGGAAAAAGAAAUAAAGGUCAUGCAAAACCACUAUGCCUAUUUCCAUCAUUCACUUAAGUUCAUGAUUAGAUUACACGGAGAGCAAAAUAAUCA